ACAAAGAAAAGAGCCCAGCCUCGCAUUUCACUUCCCUCCAUGAGAGGAUACAACAUCUGCUCUGUCUGUGAAGGCAUAUAUUAUCUCUCUGUGCUCGAGAGUACCUGAAUUUCCUGUCUUUAACAAUUGAACUUUUGAGAAAUAUGGAGAAUUGGACUGGGGUCUGAUCUGAACUCAUUCGUCUUCUUUAAUUAAAUUAAAACAAACGAACAGAUGCUAAACUGAUCCUUAUACAUGUCUGUCAAUCUCGUGGUUGAGCUCAAAAGAGGAUUCUUCACAGAGAGAGGGUAAAACAAGAACAAGAGAUACAGCUUGCUGCAAGACUUCUCACCUCUGGAUUUCUAUGUCUUGAAUAUCUCUAAUGGAACACAAUGACCUCAGUUUCUAAACCUUCACUGGAUUACAGAGGAAUAAAUCACCACGUCGCAAAACGAAGAGUGUGAGGAGGACUUCAGAAUGCUAUGUGAAUAGCAGGGUUUUCACUUCUGGUCUUUAUAGAUCUGCAAACUUGUAAUUCUCAAUGAUGACUUCAUCAUCUGUUGGACACCACUGAAUUUCUAUUCAAUUUUUUUGGACCUAUUAGACUGCACCUUACAAUCACUUCAACACCAGAGACAGAACGAUGAACGGUUUGACGGAGACCUCAGUGAAAUGCGUACUGGUUGGGGACUGUGCAGUGGGUAAAACGGCACUUCUAGUGCGGUUUACUUCUGAAACGUUCCCAGACAGCUAUAGACCCACUGUUUAUGAAAACACUGGAGUUGAUGUAUUUAUGGAUGGAAUCCAGAUCAGCUUGGGACUGUGGGAUACAGCAGGACAUGAUACGUUCCGCCAAAUCCGCCCCAUGUCCUAUCAGCAGGCAGAUGUGGUUCUGCUAUGUUAUUCGGUAGCAAAUCCAAAUUCGUUAAGCAAUCUGCGGCACAAAUGGAUCACCGAAGUGAGGGAAUUUCUUCCGAAGAUACCUGUGCUGGUUGUUGCAACACAGACAGACCAUCGUGAGAUGGGCCCGUAUCGUGCCAACUGCACCACGGCCUCGGAGGGCAAACAGGUCGCGCAAGAGAUCCGUGCCAAAGGAUACCUGGAAUGCUCGGCUCUCAGCAAUCGUGGCGUGCAGCAGGUUUUUGAGUGUGCCGUCCGAACGGCUGUUAAUCGGGCACGAAGACGGUCAAGGAGGAGACUCCAAGACUUUAAUCCCUGUAAAGUCUCCUGAAUGCUUUUAAAACGUGGAUGAAAUUGAAUUCUUAUCACUAAGAUAAAAUUGUUUCUCACACACAAAACCAACUAGCUAACUGAAGCCUCAAGAAAGACUUCUGAACACUGAUGUCUUAAUACUGUUUACCUAAAUGACUAUUUGAUUUUGAGUCAGGAAAAUUGAAAUCUGACAGAUAUUGAACAGAUAUUUAUUCAUUAAACAGCUGUUAUACCUUGUUAAUUUUAUAAAUACUAUACAGGAUUUUACAAGUUGAACAUACCGUUUAAAAGACAGGUGCGUCUUUUGUUGCACUGCUACUGCAAAUGUACAUUUGUAGAUUGUAGUUGAAGUCUUAUUGUGAGUUUCAUUCUUUCAGCUUUAUUUUCAUGGUUUCUUGCGAACUGAAAUAUAACCUUAAAACUCGCUGUUUGUCUGCUGGUCCCUGUCCUCUGAAAUAAGGAUUCACAUUAGCUCAUAAUGCAACACUGAGAUCACAUUAUGUAAUCUUCAUUUUAGAUGACAAAUAAAUCACUUCGGUUAUGUA